AUGAGUAUGGCACCCGAGAGCAGGCCAUCUGGGCAACCAGUUCUGGAUCCUGAAUGGGCAGCUGAGAACAACCUGCCUCGAAUCCUCGCCAUAUCUGCUAUUGCGCACAUCGUUACCGCUGCUGUUGUCUUUCUCCGGCUCUAUGCGCGGUUCUUUGUGUUGCGCAAGCCCGCCAAGGAUGAUAUGUUCAUCAUAGGAGCGUAUCUUGGCGGGUUAUGCGAGUUGAUAAGCUUCAUCAUCCAAGGCUACCAUGGUCUUGGACGACAUCAGCAAACCCUGACCGAAUCCGAUCUUGCCGGCAUGAAUGAAGCCGUCUACUACCAAAGCCUUAUCUCAGCUAUAACGGCUUUCGGCUUGUUGAAAGUAUCCAUUGCACUGUUUCUACUUCGGAUAGGAAAGAACAGUCCAUGGUUCUCCCGCACUCUGUGGUCGUUAAUUGUGUUCGUUGUGGCGUAUACCAUAUUCGGAUUCUUCACCUUCGCCUUUCGUUGCUCACCCGUAUCCGGUGCCUGGAAUACUACGAUCGGCGCCAAGUGCUACUCAUGGACCUUUUUUGUUGGCACUGCGUUGGCCAACACUGAUCUGAUUCACCCCAACUCACAUGGAUCCAGUGCCGCUGCUAUGGGUAUCCCCAAAGCACAUUACCAGUUCGGCACAAUGCAGAUGCAGGACCAGACGUUCAACCAGUGGACAAAUUUCUGGGGAAACAUGCAAUUACACAUGGGCAUUAUCGCAGCCUCCGUACCCUGCCUCAAGCCGCUCUUCAAGAAGAGCUCGAGCUCAACCAGCAACAACAACCAGUACGAUGACAUCGAACGUGCCCAGACUUUCGGCAGUGGAAGGCCAAGCAAGCGUCGCAGGACCUUUUUGACAACGAACGGAACAUUGAAUGGCAACGAAGACUUCGAACUGUCAACCAGAACCAGCGUGCGAGACAGUGUGCUUGAGAAGUUCACGACUCCAGGUCAGGGGAAGAAGAACAUUGUCUAUAGCGUCACCGAGGAGCGAGUUGGAAGCGAGGAUAACAUCCUGGAUGAUAAGGAUAACUCGAGGGGCAUCAGGCGCACGACAGAGGUGACUGUCAGUCAUGCGGAGAAGCCGGCUCGCAGCUGA